AUGGAUCAAAGAGAUAUGGAUGCAAAAAAAACCUAUCCUCCUCAGACAAUUGCUAAGAUUUUUUCAUUGGCUUUUACAGAUCCAACGACUAAAAUCUCUGCAUCAGCAUUAACUUUAUGUUCAGAAUAUAUUCGUAUUUUUUGUAAGGAAGCGAUCUGGAGGGCAGCGGCAUCUAAACGUGAACAUGAAAAUAAAGAUGAAAAUACACAAAUAUCAUUAGGAGUGGAAGAUUUAGAAAGAAUUGCGGGUCAAUUGACCUUAGACUUUUCAUAAAUAUUAAUUUUUUUGAUAUAAAUAUCUUAAUAUAUUGUUUAAUACCUAUUAUACGAGAAAGAGUAUGAUUUAUAUAGGAUAUUUUGGAUUUUAGAGAUUUUUUAGAUAAAUAUUUAUUAUAUUAAUAAAAAAAGAUAAAUUCUUAUAUUUUUUAUUAAUAUUUUGGAAAUAUUAUAUUAGAUAUUUUAGAAUCUUAAGCUUUACGAGGUUUUAAUGAGG